AUGAUAUCUACCUACCACCCCGACGAAACCGUCGUUGGCAAGAAGAAAGGAAGGGAUCUAGUAAAGCCAGUGGCUGUACUAGAUUACAACAAUACGAUGGGAGGUGUUGAUCUUAAAGAUCAAAAACUCUCAGCGUGCUUGUUGGAACGAAAGAGAUGUGUGAAGUGGUACAUGAAAAUUUUUAAAAGAUUGCUGAACGUCAGUGUACUCAAUGCAUUCAUUUUGCUGACGGAGUCAAUAAGUCGUCGCGGUAAGCCCGAGUUGCUGCAUCGAAGCUUCCGUGAACAGCUCGCUGAUUCCCUUGUGGCAAGACACCGCCGCUCUUCUCCACAAGUGAAUCCAGGGAUUGACAUGGAAGAUUUGAGACUGCGCAGGGACUUAGUGCACGUUCCUGAAUUGACUACGGGCCGCGGAAACCGAAUGAAUUGUCGCAUCUGUGCUCGGAAUGGUAAGGACAAGAAAGUUCAUUUAAAAUGCGCCACUUGCGACGAGGCUAUGUGCCCAGGCGAUUGUUGGAGGGUUUGGCACUCCCUUCAACAACUUCCUGGCAGGGACAUAAAAUCUCGCAAGGGUAGGCGGCGUCAUUAA